CAACCCAACCCAAACCCGACAGGCCGGAUGCUGCCCUCCCCACCACUUUCUGUCGCCCGCCGCGCCGCCACGGCCGCCGCCCGCCAUCUCCUCCCCUCCAUCACCUCGCUCAUCCUCGACCCGCCCGCCCCCAGCCCUGCCGUCUCCCGCCGUCGCGUCCGCCUAAUGCCGCUGCGGAACAGCGCCCCGCUCGUCUCCCCGCCGCCGCACGGGAGGAGCUUCGCGGUGGCCGCGGGGGAUGGAGGCGCAGAAGGCGAGGCUCCGGCGCUGGUGGUGGUCUCGUUCUACAGGUUCGCCGACUUCCCCGACCACGCCGACCUGCGGCGGCCGCUCAAGGAGCUCUGCGAGGAGCUGCGUGUUUCAGGUGGCAUUAUUCUUGCACCAGAGGGAAUCAAUGGUAGUUUAUGUGGAACACCAGAAGCUGUGGAGAAAGUUUUGAACUUUAUUCAAACAGACAAUCGGUUAAAAGGAUUGAGGGUGAUCCAGACACCUGUUACUCCAGAGGACGAGGCUAUCCAUCAUGGACAUACCAGCCAUUCUCCUGUUGGUCCUGGAGAAGAUGCACCAUUCCGAUGGGAUCAUGUCCGUGUGAAAUUGAAAAAGGAGAUAGUGAGUUUUGGAGACCCUGGUGUGAUGCCAACUAAAAGGGUUGGCAAGUAUAUAAAGCCAAAAGAUUGGAAUUCGUUGAUAAGCGAUCCAGACACCGUUGUCAUUGAUGUGCGUAACAUGUAUGAGAUACGCAUAGGAAAAUUCAAGAGGGCUGUUGAUCCAUGCACGGAAUCAUUUAGAGAAUUCCCAUCUUGGGUUGAUAAUCAAUUCCAGUUGGCUGAAUCUGAUAGUCACCAGUCAUCAGUAAAUGAUAACACUGUAACUGAGGGAGCAGAAGAUCUGAAUUCCAGUGGACCCAAAGAGCUACCACGAGUUGCUAUGUAUUGCACUGGUGGUAUUAGAUGUGAGAAGGCAUCGAGCUUUCUCCUUGACAAGGGAUUUAAAGAGGUUUACCAUCUGGAGGGUGGGAUAUUAAAGUACCUAGAGGAAAUCCCGGAAGCUGAAAGCUUGUGGGAAGGUGAAUGCUUCGUGUUUGACAAGCGUGUUUCAGUGGAGCACGGGUUAGCUCAAGGAACCCACAAACUUUGCUAUGGAUGUAAACAACCAGUUAGUGACGAAGACAUGGAAUCUCCUAAAUGGGAGUAUGGUGUAUCAUGCCCAUACUGCUUCUCCAGGAGAUCUGAGGAGGAGAAGGAAAGGGCAAGGGCUCGGCACCGGCAGUUUAAGACAUGGGGAGUUAUUGGUGGUCCUGAUAAAGGCAGGAGUCCAAAAAGGCUCGAAGCUAGCGAUGGAGUUAAGGAGGACAAACAGCCGCGCAACUCAGUGUGACCUAAACUGGUGAUUGUACUUUGUUCUAUUACUUCAGGAUUAUUGAAAUGCUCUCGACAAAGUGAGAUCCUUUUGGUCUGUAGUGCUUUUGUCUGGCUACUUUGAUCAGGCUUCACGAGUUACUUCUUGGUCUCUGAUCUAGACUGCAGGUACAUCACUAUCACUAGUGUCUUACUCGAGCUUAGAAGUUUGUUUACAGGGCGCUGAUGUUUGUACUCCAUCUAUCCGUAAAUUGUAACAUUGUUUACUCGUACGAGCUUAUGAGCUGCAGCAGUCCCUUGAAUAUUUGUGGUGCAAAACACGGAUCCCCGGACCUGAAGCUUCUUGCAGUCUGUUUAUGUAUGAAGAUGGGAUCAGAACCCAAAUGGCGUCAUUCCUGCUUGAACGAGAAGUUUUUUGGUUGGA